GCUGAUCAGAGCAAAGCAGGUGCUGAUGGGGGAUGCAGAGCUCCAGAAUCAUGGCGAGCAGCAUGAGAGCAGCAAUGCAGCAGCUGUUUAUUGUCAGCAGCCUGCUUAUCCUACUUCUAUGUCUGCAGAGUGGGGGAGGACAAAAGAAGAAGGAGAACCUUCUAAGUGAAAAGGUGGAGCAGAUGAUGGAAUGGAGCUCUCGCCGAUCCGUCAUCCGUAUGAAUGGAGACAAGUUCAGGAGAUUUGUGAAAGCACCACCCCGUAACUAUUCUGUGAUUGUGAUGUUCACUGCGCUGCAGCCUCAAAGACAAUGCUCUGUAUGCAGACAAGCAAAUGAAGAAUAUCAAGUGCUUGCAAAUUCUUGGCGAUAUUCUUCAGCAUUUUCCAACAAGCUUUUCUUCACUAUUGUGGACUAUGAUGAAGGAGCAGAUGUUUUCCAGCAGCUCAACAUGAACUCAGCUCCCACCUUCAUGCACUUCCCAGCAAAAGGAAAGCCCAAGAGAGCAGAUACCUUCGACCUCCAACGUAUUGGGUUUGCAGCCGAACAGCUCGCAAAGUGGAUUGCUGACAGAACAGAUGUCCAUAUCCGUGUGUUCAGGCCACCUAAUUAUUCUGGCACAAUAGCUUUGGCCUUACUUGUAUCCCUGGUUGGGGGUUUGCUUUAUUUGAGAAGAAAUAACUUAGAAUUCAUCUACAAUAAGACAGGCUGGGCCAUGGCAGCUCUUUGUGUUGUGUUUGCUAUGACUUCUGGACAGAUGUGGAAUCAUAUACGUGGACCACCUUACGCACAUAAAAAUCCACAAAAUGGUCAAGUGAGUUACAUACAUGGAAGCAGCCAGGCACAGUUUGUCGCAGAAUCUCACAUCAUUCUACUUCUCAAUGCAGCUAUCACCAUGGGAAUGGUUCUUCUCAAUGAAGCAGCAACUUCAAAGGGAGAUGUUGGAAAAAGAAGAAUCAUAUGUCUAGUUGGACUUGGUCUUGUGGUAUUCUUCUUCAGCUUCCUUCUGUCAAUCUUCCGAUCAAAGUAUCAUGGUUACCCAUACAGUUUUUUAAUUAAAUGAAAUAUACCGAUCCCAAGAUGUCACAAUUUAUACUGAAGACAAAGUAUUCCUGCUGGUGCACAUGGCAUGUAUAUUCAUUAUUCUCAUUUUAUUUGCUGCUUGUUUACGUACGGUGUUAGAUUUUAGUGCAGUGGUGUAUACAUCAGUGUGUUGUUAUUUUUAUUGCAUAAAAAUGUUAUUAGACAAAUACGCCUGUUUCUUGGAAGCCUCACCUAAUUAAAGGUCUGUCUGUAG